AGCGCAUCGUGAAUUGAGCCGCCACGACCGAACAAGCCUAGCGUGUGCAGCCACCUUCCUCAUUUGGACAAGCCCAGUCUGGUCAAGGCGUAUCUCCCGUUAGAGAUGUACCAGUAUGCCACUGGUCUCGCUGUGCCGCAAGCAUGGUGAUCAUGGCAUAUCAUUACCGCAUGCCUAGGUCUCGUCCAUAACAUUGAUGUGUCUCCUUCCUCGGCGUCAGCAUGGAUCUAGCUGAGAAGGAAGAUACUCUUCCACGGUAUACACCAAGAGACGAGUAUAAAGAAUGCCACGCUACUACUGUCUGUUUCAAUAGACGGCGUCGGCGGAUUGCAAAGUUACUCGCACUAAUUCUUGUGGUUGUCUUCGUCUAUCAUCAUUGGAAUUUGGAUUCUCGAGGAACUCAUGAAGAACCAUAUUCGACGCUGUCGGUUGACCGCUUACGGGAGAAUCACGCAACAUGUGCCAAACUGCAGUCCGUUCCAGAUGAUCCCAGCGGACAUCGAGAGUUCAAUGCUCGCUUCCAGGCCGGAAAUACCACUGUCCUCGUCCGCAAUGCGACAAUCUGGACUGGUGAGCCUGUCAAAGGCACGUCGGAGAAGGACGCCCGCGCGGGAAAUGGCUGGUCGUGGAUCCGAGCGGAUGUUCUUAUGGAACGCGGCUUAAUCACCAAGGUCGCAGAAGGCAUCGACCUUCGGACCGUGUCCGGAGACUGCGAGGUCUGGGAAGCUCACGGACGUUUGGUCACAAGUGGUAUAGUCGACAUGCAUAGUCACGCAGGCGACGAUCCGCUACCCAGUGACUUGUCUGGUGGCUCUGACGACAAUGAACUUUCAUCCGAUAUCACUCCGUACGUCCGCUCCAUAGAUGGCAUUAACCCACUGGAUCCUCAGAUACAGGUAAUCAAAUCUGGAGGUGUAACAACAUCUCUUGUGCUUCCAGGGUCGGGAAACAACAUGGGCGGAGAGGCGUUUGUCAUCAAGCAUGCCGUCGGCAAGCCAGAUGGCAGGCCCGAGAUCAGCGUGGAGGAUCUGCUCGCUGAUCCGGAUCGGAACUGGCGCUAUAUGAAGAUGGCCUGUGGUGAGAACCCUAAGAGAGUGUACGGCCGACUCGGACGAGACUUUGGUCCUUUCAGCCGCCUUGGUGAAGCAUGGGAGUUUCGUCAUGCCUUUGAGCAAGCCAGCAAUUACGUGAAGUCCCAAGAUGAUUGGUGCGCUGCUGCAAACCGUGUUGGUGCAGAGAACAUGCGAAGCUAUCUCCCAACAGAUCUGAAGUGGGAGAGCUUAGGAGCCGUCCUCCGCGGGCAGGUCCGGGUUAACACACACUGCUAUACCAUCGACGACUUGCAGAUGUUCGUAGGUCUUACGAACGAGUUCAAAUUUCCAGUCCGAGCAUUCCACCAUGCCCAUCAAGCCUAUAUCGUCCCGGAGCUGCUUAAGCGCGCAUACAACGUCACACCUGCCGCAGCGCUGUUUGCGGACAAUAUGUAUUACAAGGUAGAAGCCUACACAGCCUCGGAACAAGCUGGCAAGAUCCUCUACGAGAACGGCAUCACACCUCUAUAUGUCUCCGACAACCCUGUGUUGAAUGCCCAGCACGUUGUCUUCGAAGCUGCGAAGGCGUAUCGCAACGGUUUGCCAUACCAUGCAGCACUGGCUGCAGUCACGGCAGAGCCAGCUAGAGUACUCGGUCUCGGCGAGCGAAUAGGAAAGCUGAAGGAAGGCUUCGAUGCAGACAUCGUGGUAUGGGAUUCUGAUCCAUUGAGCGUGGGUGCCACCCCUGUCCAAGUCUGGAUCGACGGAGUUCCGCAAUUCGCACAUCCCGUGGAGCUAUCUAAGCCAAUACUUGGUCCAAUCGAGCCGAACACUGCGUUGCAACACGUUCAUCAUGAUUUCUCGCUCUUACAAGACGUGGUCAUCUCAGGCGUCCAGAAGGUUUGGCUUUCGGGCGUCGGUAGCGAUUUCCACGGUAAGACUGGAGACGGCACAGUCGUCGUCCGCAACGGUUCAAUCGCAUGUCUUGGCGACUGCGUCGAAGAGCUCGCUGAGGCCAGGAUGCGAGGCGUUAAGUCAGUCCAUAUCGAGAAUGGCCACAUUACAUCUCCCAUCACAUCAUUUGGAAGCUUCUUAGGCUUGAGCGAGAUCUCUGCUGAAGACGUCACUAAUGAUGGCGAUAACAACGUGCAGUCGUUCUCCGCCGCCGUCGACGGCCUUGCCUUUGAUACCAAGAGCCUAGCCGCUGCCUACCGGCACGGUGUCACUCGCGCGAUUACUGCUCCCUCGAUCAGUGAAGGUGGUCACAAAGGCGUCUCUGCAGGCUUCAAGACAGGCGCAAAGCACUCGUUGGAGAAAGGCGCAGUCUGGGCCAGCCAAGUUGCCGCACACUAUACGCCUGCGAAGACCGAUCAAAUCCCCAGCCUCAGCGGCGCGAUCGAUGCUCUCAGAUACAAACUUUGGAAGGCACUGAAGUCGAACGCUACCGCGGACGUCUCGUCACUGGAGGAGCGAACACUAAAAAGCGUCGUGAACGGCAGCAUGGCGCUUGUCAUAAGCACGCAUAGCGCCGACAGAAUUGCUUCGUUACUCAGGAUGAAAUACGAGCUCGACGCUGUUAUGCCACAUGCGCUCCGACUCGUCAUCUACGGCGGUGCAGAGUCUCACAUCCUUGCGAAAGAGCUAGCCGCUGCCAACGUUGGCGUGGUGCUCACAUCCUUCGCGUACGGGCUGACGUGGGACCAGCGACGCGCAUUGAGCGGCGCGCCUUUGACAAACGGUACUGCAGUCGAUGUCCUGUAUGCUGCUGGGGCCAAGGUUGCAAUGAGCACGGCCGAAGACUGGGAGACGCGCGACCUGAGCCUCCUAGCAGGUAUCAUAGCUGCCAAUGGAGUAUCGAUGCGUGCGGACGAUGGGACUUAUAUCCAGCAUGCGAUCGGUGAGGAAGCUGCCUGGAGCAUGGUGUCCUCCAACAUCUACGAGAUGCUUGGACUCAAAGAUCCUGCUAAAGAGGGCGUUAACGAGUUUGUCGUGUAUGAAGGCAGUCCUCUACAGAUCGAUGGCCGGGUCCGAGCCAUCGCGGACGGUCGAGGCUCGAUCGACGUAUGGUUGUAAUACCAGCAAGCGUGUCUUCAAAAGCUUGUGGGUGAGCACCCGCUUCGACAUGCCUGGACACCCUGCUAAAGAACCCAAAGGCGACAGUCAGUAAUGAGCAUCCAUCGUUCACCAGGAAGUCGCGUUGCGUAUCCGACAUGGAGCAGGUGCGACUCAGUAUCGCGUACUUGCCGCAUACACUUCAGUGAUGGAUGUAUUUCCAGAAGCCUCUCAGAAGGCUAUUUUAUUCCCCACUUGUAUCACUAAACUCUUCUCAACUCAGC